AUGGAUCCACUGAGGUGGUUCGAUCUUACGACACAAGCACCUCAGGUGAGCACUCUACCAACUGAACUAGAAGAAUCCCUCUUAUCUUUAUGAGGUACAUGUUUGCAUUAUUUAAAAAUAAGGUUUGUAGUCCGUGUGUGCCCUGAUGAAAUCGAUAAACAAGCCUUAAGUAUGUUAAAUGCCAUUUGAUAGUCCGUUUUUUUUUUUGCAAGUAAAUUAAAUAUAGACUAACACACGUUUAAAUGUACACACGCUGUGCAGAAAAUUGAGAAAGGGUCUAGACUGUGGCGAGAGAAGUUUUUAUAGGGGAGGAUUGGGGGGGGGGGAGAGAUUCACUCCCCCGAAAAGUUUAAAUAUAAACCCCGCCCAACCCACAAAUGCGUCUAAUGUUAAUGCAUGGAUGUUUUUAUUAUAAAAUAUUAACAUUACCGGCAAUGGAAAUUGAUUUGAUGUUACGGAAGCAACAAGCAAUCGGAUAAAGACCAGACCAAUCGAUAAAUUGAAAACCGUGUUCGUCUAUUUAAACGUGACGUGGCUGUUGAGCGGUAAGCUGCUGCUUGUUGAAUAUUUAAUGCAUCUAGACUAAUAAAGCGCAGAUGUGCGUUCAGCGAAAGCAGUCGUGUGGUCCAGUGGUUAUACAGGCUGACUCAAUAUGCCCGAUAUACUGUUAGAAAAGGAAUGCGAUGUCGACGGAAAUGAGUGUCUACAAAAAUUGGAGGGGCCGAACGUAGCCCACUGGUAAAGGAUCGAUCCAUUUUUAUUGGACCAUUGUGCUAUUUCUUAUUACAGCCAGUGCACCACAACUGGUACAUGUAUAUCAGAUGUCCAUAAAGAAAAGUACUUAUAUCAACGUUGCCAUAUUUGGUCUGGGACGCAUAGGAAAACUUCAUUUGCAUAAUCUGGCGAGAACAUUCCGAGUGAACAUCAAAUGGAUCGUUGACGAUAUCUCCCUCCAUGAAGACAUACGAACAUUACUACAGAAAUACAGACUGGAACACGUGACCCGACUGGCAUCACUGGAAGAGGCGGACACCGUUCACUCGGACACAAGUGUCGAGGUUGUGUUUGUGUGCUCACCGUCAUGGCAGCACGAAAGCAUUGUCAAGAAAUCUUUAACUACAGGAAAACAUGUCUUUUGCGAGAAACCUGUUGCCCUGACUGUGGAGACAAUCGAAUCUUGUUAUUCGUUGGCGAAAGAGAACAAUCGCAUUUUGCUCUGCGCUUUCAACAGGCGAUUCGAUCCCGAUUUGGAAGUAAUUUACAGAAAGAAACAAAAUGGCGAUCUAGGCAAAGUUCGACAACUCAUCAUGAUAUCAAGAGACCCACCAAUACCGAUCAGUUACAUCAAGGUGUCAGGCGGAAUAUUUCACGACUCGUCUAUCCACCAGCUCGACUACGUGUGUUACUUUUUAGGCGAGCGCCCCGUUACGGUCGUCGCCCAUGGAAACACGACGUCACUGAAGGCCGAUGACUAUAGAGACUGUAAUGAUGUAGAUCUAUCGACAAUAAUUCUCACCUUCCCGAGUGGAGCCAUCGCGGUUAUCGAGUCUACUCGCGAGUGCUUGCACGGGUUUGACCAGCACUUUGAGAUUGUCGGAUCAAAAGCAAUAGCCAAGUGUGAGAAUACUCCAUUGUUUGCCAGCAAAGUGUUGUUGGCUACUGAAAUAAUACAAGAUGGCUGCCCAGAUGUUUUCGCAAGAUUCGGCAAGUCGUAUGUGGCCGAGGUAGACCACUUCCUGGAUGUCGUUCAGGGUAAAACUGAAUGUCUUGUGAAGCCACACGAAUGCAUCAUGGCGACCGAGUUGGCACAUCUUUGUGAAGAAUCACUUAGAACGGGCCAGGUCGUUAAAGUGCCACAAAAGAAUUGAAAUGGCGCUCGGUCUAAGAUGUCAUAAUUUGUCACAUUUGCGACAUUUUGGGCUAUUAUAAUAUUAUGUCUGCCCGAUCUCUCACGCACCGCACAGUCUUCUAUUAUGAAUCUUAACUUUACGAACUGUCGACAACGCACAUCCUUUCACUCAGCAAUCUUCCUUUGCACUAUAAAUAGUACAAUACAAGCACGUUUUUAAAACAAAUACCUAAACUUCUAAAAUUGUGCUACUUUCUUUACGUUGCAUCCAUAUUCAUUAAUACUCGGUGAAUCUUAUGAUAUAUUAUCUAAUGAAUGCAUAGUUUUUUUUAUGUCCCCAGUGGUUUCAAACUUACUGAACUGGACUCAAAGCUAUCUUUUUAAUUCUUACAAAGCAUGAGGUGAUGGAUAUGACGUCAUACAUUAUGCAUAUUCAUAACCACCAAAUAAUCUACUAAACUAUUAACUAACAAAAGUCACAGACCCUAGUUUCAACCCGUGGUGGUGGCGGUGGUGUUAUUGUUGUUGGUGGUAUUAUUAUUGUUGUUGUUGUUGUUGGUGGUGGUGGGGGUUACCCCUAAAUUAGACUAGAGCUCACCUGCAUAACCGUUAGUUCUCAGACGUACGUACAUUUUAUGAAAAAUGAAUUUCGUGGUAUUAGAAACACCAGGAUGACCAGAAACACUGCAGAUGUUCGGAAAUGGAUCAUCUGAUUACAAUGAUAAAACAGUACUCUAAUAGUGAACAAUACGCGGCCGUGUUUAAAAACUAGGAUCUGCCACGUUAAAUAACCAGACUUUACAAAUGGCGACUUACACGACGCUAUUCACAUACUCAAGAAGUUCCCAAUGAGUCCGCUGUUGUCAAGCGUCUGUUGAGGCCCAUUUUGUAAUAAACGACCAAUUUUGUAAUAUGUACCCAUUUUGUAAUAAAAAACGACCCAU